AUGGACCAUUUCUUGCUUCAGUGCACCUUCAAUAUAGAAGUCUGCAAGUGGGUGGGUGGGGCUCUGGGGAUCUCUUUCCUUUCCCGCUUGAGUUAUGCGGAGUGGUCUUACGGUGCCUUUCAGAAUCACCGGGACUUUGAUUUUAAGACACUUUUUCUAGUUAGCCUGGUAGUCUGUUACUACACGUGGAAUGCACGGUGUCAAGUUUCCAUUCACAAAAAAGUCCUUCCUGUCGAGGUGGUGGUGCACAACAUUCUGGGUGAGGUUGGGAAGAUUUGGGGUCUUGAGAAGGACAGGUGGCGGCCGGGAGCCUUGACAAAGGCGUGGAGGAAUGUCAGGUCCCCG